AUGGCCGGCAAUCCAUGGAAACGAAGAGAUGCUUGGAGAUCUCAAGGUGCUUUUACCAGAGCUAACAGAUUCAGGGGAGCACUUCCAGGAUUUUUCUGGGGUUUAGGCGCUUUCGGAGUUUAUUGUGUAUAUGAGAAGGUCUUCCUGACUAAUGACCACCACGGACACCAUGAGGAACAUCAUUAA